GGCAGAGUCACGUUCCGGAGCGGGAAGUGAAAUACGGAGGGCGGCACCCGGGGGGACCGGUGCGUCAUUGAGGGACCGCGGCCCGCGGCUGGGAAAGGAGAAGUGGUGCGCGGAGCCGGAGGGGGCGCCGGCCAAGGGCCCGAGCCUCCAGCUUCCCUCCCGGCCGCGCCCCGCAGCGCGCUCACUCCGCGCCCCGCUCCGGCCCCGCCGCCCGCGCCAUGUGGCCCCGGCCCCGCGCGCCCUGGCGCUGGGCGCUGGCCCUGCUGGCCCUGGGCGGCGCGGGGCUGUGCCACGCCGGCCCGCAGCCCCGGCCCCCCGCGCGGCCCGGCGCCAGGAACAAGAACUGGUGCGCCUACAUCGUGAACAGGAACGUGACCUGCUCCGUGCAGGAGGGCAGCGAGAGCUUCAUCCAGGCUCAGUACAACUGCCCCUGGAGCCAGGCGCCCUGCCCGUCCGCGCUCGUCUACCGCGUGAACUUCCGGCCCCGGUUCGUCACCAGGUACAAGAUGGUGACCCAGCUGGAAUGGAGGUGCUGCCCGGGCUUCCGAGGCCCAGACUGCCAGGAAGGCCCCCGAGACCCCGGGAAGGCCCCGCGCCCCACGCCCGCCCGGCCCCGGAGCAGCCUGAAGAAGCCCACAGACAAUGAGCCAAGCCAGGUCUCAGAGCCCAAGAAGACUUUGUCACCAACGGGAGCAUCGGAGCCAAGUGGGGCAGUGGAUCCAGGACUUCAGGAUAAGAAAAUCCAGGUGCUCGAGGAGAAGGUGCUCCGGCUCACCAGGACGGUUCUUGACCUCCAGUCUUCCAUCGCUGGAGUGAAUGAAAACAUCAAGCAUACCAUUCAGGACGACGCCAGCAAGAUGCUGCACCCCCAGCCAGGGCCCGACAGUGCCACGGUUGGUAGAGACACUGAAACGGCCCAGCUUCCUGGCGCCCUCAACAAAAAGGAAUCCGGCAUGAAGGACAUCAAAUCCGAGUUGGCCGAAGUCAAGGAUGCUCUGAAGACCAAGAGUGACAAGCUGGAGGAGCUGGACGGCAAAGUGAAGGGUUACGAAGGGCAGCUCAAACAGCUCCAGGAGGCCGCCCAGGGCCCUACGGUGACCAUGACGACCAAUGAGCUCUACCAAGCCUACGUGGACAGUAAGAUCGAGGCGCUGAGGGAGGAGCUCAUGGAGGGCAUGGACAGGAAGCUGGCCGACCUGAAGAACUCCUGUGAGUACAAGCUGAUCGGUGUGCAGCAGCCGUGUGAUGACUAUGGGAGCAGCUACCUGGGCGUGAUCGAGCUGAUCGGGGAGAAGGAAGCCAACCUGAAAAAAGAAAUAAACGACCUUCGAGCCCGGAUACAGGAUCCUCCGGCCCGGCCAGAUUGCUGUGAUGGUGAAAAGGCCGGUGACUUUGGGCAGCAGAUCAAGGCGUUAGACCAGAAAAUUGAAAGAGUUGCGGAAGCCGCCAGAAUGCUAAACGGGCGCCUGGACAAUGAGUUUGACCGGCUCCAGGUUCCAGAGCCGGACGUGGACUUCGAUGCAAGAUGGGACGAGUUAGACGCGAGGAUCAACGUGACGGAGAAGAACGCGGAAGAACAUUGCUUUUACAUCGAGGAAACCCUCCGGGGGACCAUUAACGAAGAGGUCGAUGACCUGAAGCAACUGCUGGACCAGAAAAUACAGUCCCUGGAAGAGCGCCUGGGGAGCCUGCUCCCAGAGAGGACCAACCACACGGAAGCAGAGCCCACUCCCCCGGCUCCAGCCCUACCACCAGGCCGGCCAGGGGCGGGGCGUGACCAGGUCAUGGUGGAGUUAAACCACUUAAGGAAGAAAGUUCAAGCUGUGGAGGACAUUUGCCGGCAGGGAGAGCUUCAUGGGAUAGGAGACGCUUUGCCAGAUGGAGAGGACCACGCCGAGGGUGACAGUGUGAGCCUUUUGAGGUCUCUGAAUGACACGAUGCACAGGAAAUUUCAAGAAACCGAGCGCAGCAUCCAGAAACUUCAACAGGAUUUUAGUUUUCUUUAUUCUCAACUCAACCACACAGAAGAGGAUAUGGACCAUCUCCAGAAUGAGCUGAUCAAGUGUAGGGACGGUGAAGACGCCGGCGUGGACGGGUUUCCUAAGGGGGGCGAGCGAGACAGGACGGCGGAGCCCCUGCCGACCCCCCAGGACCCCGCGGCUCCUUGCUGCGGCCAGCUGGAGGAGCGAUGGCAGAGGCUGCAGGGCCAGGUGCUCGCCGAGCUGGACACUUGUAAGGAAAACACGCACGGAGUCCAGAGGGACGUCUCGGUGGUGGAGGACAGGGUGUCUCAGAUGGAGAAAACGUGCAGCAAACUGGACUCCAUCUCGGGGAGUCUUCAGAGGAUCAAGGAAGGGCUCAGCAAGCACGUCAGCGGCCUGUGGAGCUGUGUCAGGCAGAUGAACGGGACCCUCCGAUCCCACUCCAGAGACAUCUCUGGCCUGAAGAAUUCCGUGCAGCAGUUCUACAGCCACGUUUUCCAGAUUUCCACCGACUUGCAAGAUCUGAUCAAAUUUCAGCCGUCACCAGCGGAGGAGGAGGAGCCCUCGGAAGCACCCCCGCCUCGGCCCCGAGGGGAGGCCCCGCCGGCCUCGGAGAAGCCCCCGCCGCGGGCAGAGGCCCCCACGGAGCCGCCGCUUCCGGAGCCCAGCGCGCCCCCGCCUCUCGAGCACCCCGGACAGCGGCCCGUCCCGCCCCAGAGACCCCAAAAGCCGCUGCCCUGGCCGGCGUGGCCCGGCUGGGCGGGCCUGCCCUCCUUGCCGGGCUCCACGGGGGUCAUGAUGGAGACGGGAGAGGCUGGGCCUCCGGGGAGGACGGGCGUGUCGGGGAGAGGCCUGAAUGGCCAGGCGGGGCAGGCGCCCGUCCCCAGCACGGAAGGCUUCGCGGGAGCACCAGGAUACCCCAAGUCACCGCCUGCAGCCUCCCCAGGGGUUCCGGCGCCCUUCCUGGUGUCUUUCUCCGCGGGGCUCACCCAGAAGCCUUUCCCCAGUGACGGGGGCGUUGUCCUCUUUAACAAAGUGCUGGUCAACGACGGGGACGUGUACGACCCCAGCACAGGGAUCUUCACGGCUCCGUUCGACGGGCGCUACCUCAUCACGGCCACGCUCACUCCCGAGAGGGACACGUACGUGGAAGCGGUCCUGUCGGUGUCCAACGCCAGCGUGGCGCAGCUGCACACAGCGGGCUACCGGAGGGAAUUCCUGGAACACCACGGGCCCCAGGGGGCCCUGCACACCUGUGGCGGCCCGGGGGCCUUCCACCUCAUCGUGCACCUGAAGGCGGGAGACGGCGUCAACAUCGUGGUGACUGGGGGCAGGCUGGCUCACACGGACUUUGACGAAAUGUACUCCACGUUUAGUGGGUUUUUCUUAUAUCCUUUCCAGUCCCACCUUUAGGGCACCGGGGAGAGGUAAGGCGAAGGAAGUUGUAAGAACUGGAAAGCUUUAAUAUUAUUCACGUUAUGUAUGUAACUGGAGCCACUGGUCUAGUAUUCUGUCGACGUCCCACCACCUCUCUCAAGAUAACGGCCUUUUCUGGCUUUGGAGGCCACGGACACGCCUUAGAGCUCCCCAGCAGGCAGCGAGGACUGACUCUUGUCAUGCCCACGGGCUGAGAGUUGGGACACGCCCUUACCUCUAAGCCAGCUCUGGCUUUGCCCCAAGGGGCCGGAGCUGGGCCCACAAGGUGCCACCCUGGGCGAGGCAGUGUGAGCCGGUCCUGCUGAUGGAGAAGGAAAUGCUGCUGGAUGCAGGUCUGAGGUGGAGGGCUGGCCGAACGGAUACCUGUGGCCACAGUCUUUACCAGAGCGUCUGUUUGUUUGUACUGCAUGCAGGAAAGAAGUUUAAACACUGAAGUGGCACGUGCCACCACGAGUCCUGGGCUCACAGCCUGCUCCCCCGGGCCUCUGCCCAGCUGUGAAGGAAUCCAAGAGACUGGCGUGAGCUCGCUGGGCUCCUUGAAUGACAUGUACAAUUUGAGUGCAAAGACAGGGAGUGUCAAUAAAGAUGUAAAACCACUUCAAGUUACUUACAUCCGGUGCCUUGUGGAUUUAAGAGUUGUUGCUAAAAAAGCAAACCGUAGAAAGACGUUGACUUUAACAGCUAUAGAAAGUAAGCUUGAAUAAAUUAAUCUCAACCAUUUAACUCCCUCCUCGGCAUCCAUGAUGUACACUCGGUUCCUCUUUGCUUAUAAAAACAGGAUGUGCCGGGAGGUCAGGGCCUCCAUCGGAGCCCCAUGGCUGAAGGGGGGCCGCUCCAGGGCGUGCUGAGAACUCACAUCUAAUUAGCAGCUGUGCCAGUUAAAUGAGAUCGCUCCCUGCCCACACCACACAGAUGGGGCUUUAAACUCGGUUCCCAGGCAACAAGAGGCCCAACAUAAAGCUGAGAUCAUCUGAGAGAAGCAGGCGCCUUCCCCUGCAGAGCACACUCUGUUCCGGGGAAGCCCAGCACAUUACUCCCUUCCCAACAGCCACAGAAACCGCGAGGCAUGCCAGGCGCUGCUCCAGGCGGUCUCUGCUCAUCAGGUUGGUCAGAUCUGUUGGGGAGGCACGUCCCCUAGCACCUCAGGACCACAGACAAGUUUCCUUGGACUGAAUUGAGCCACCAGAUGCUAUGAUGCUGUAACAAUUGUAAAAAUUCCAAGACUGCUUGCCAGUGAGAUCACAGGGUGGCCCCUGGCCGCUGAGAGGAGCCUUCUUUCUCACCCACCCCUGGGCAAAGGAGGAGUGGCCAGGAGCCUGAAGGUUUGCUGUUUUAGUAUUUUAAAGUAAGUCUGGGUCUCUCUGUCCAGGAGGGUUGGGAAAAGUGGCAUCCUCACCCCAUUUCUCCAGCUGGUAGACUGGCUAACGGUGGCUGUCAGAGUAUCAAUGGCUUCCUAGAAAUGACUCAUGGAAAACCCCAGUGCCAUAAAGCAUUUUCAGGAAGAUCCAGUGCCCUCUCGCCCUCACACCCCUUGUAAACACCUUAACUCGGUGCCAAAGGGAGUAAGUGCAUAAUAAUCAGAAACACAGGGACCACAGAUGGUUCUCUAGAGCACCAAGUAAUACUUGGUCCUCCUCUCUCAGUGCAUUCCAACUCAUUUA